UUGGGUUCGUUACGUUUCCGCUGGUUAGCAGAAUUUUGUUCGGUUCCGUUUGGAGUGAGCCACGAGAUCGCCCGUUGUAAACAAGAAGAUAAAGAGAGAGAGAGAGUCAUUUGUGCGCGCCAUUUCCCGCGAUUUCCACGAGAGCGCGAGAGCAACAGUUGCUUACUCUCUUGGUCUGGUCGGCGGCGUGUUAUGUUUUAUGCGACCGAUACGCAGCGGGAGACAGAGAGAGAACCGUGUGAACUUAAAUAAAUCAUAAAAGCAAAAUGUUUUUAAGGUGAUUCGUCAGUUUCAAUUACGGGAGAGCCGAAGUGUGAAUGCAUAAGAGGUGCCACAGUUUGCUUUAUUGCCGAGGUGUGUAAAUGUGAGAGAAAGAAAGAGAGAGGAAGAAAGCAUAGAGACCGAGAGUAACACGAUAUAACAAGGUGCAAAGAAAGCAAAUUGUUGUUUGAAAUCGAAAACCCAGUGGCGGCAGCAUAAUCCUGUCUGCUUGCAUAGCAAUUCGUUCAGUCUGUUCUGUGGCUCCGUUCGUGUCGCGCACUCCUCAAUGCAUGCAGUGUUCAUGGCAUAGAUUAGACUAGACUUUACAGGUGGCGUUUUGAAACUAAGAGGCGGUUAGUGUCGAAAGUGAUCUGAUGUUUUGGGGGGAGGGUGUUUCGUUAUAACAAGCGCCAGGCAGUUGCAGAAAAAAAACUGUUGCUUAUGAGAAGUGAAAAAUACCAGUGACUGUUCAAGACUGUUUAUAAAAAAUUGCCACCAUUUUUCCCUUCGAUAUCUUCCACUUGUACUCCGCCGAUCUGGAGCAACGGAGCAGCUCGUUAAGCCUGGAGGCAAACUGCCUUAAAAGGCGAAAAUGUAACAGUGACAUGGAGCGAGAUCGUGACCGCGAGCGGGCCGAACGGGGCAGUGGAAUCCGGGGCGACCAAGAUGUAAAACCUUCGCUCGAGCCGCGGGAUUUGUCCGCAACGAGGCUGUUUUCCGCGACGCAGAUCAAAAUAAGCACUUCACCCACCACGUCACCGACCAUCUCGAACUCCUCGUCGCCGACGCCGACGCCUCCCAUCCCCGCCGUCUCGCCCGUUGUCUCGGGCGUUGGCAGUGGGUAUCACCACUCGAACCACAAGCAGAUCACUGGUAUCCCAUGCGUGGCCGCCGCCUCCAAAUAUACCGCCCCGGUGCAUAUCGACGUUGGCGGGACGAUCUACACCAGCUCGCUGGAAACGUUGACAAAAUACCCAGAGUCGAGACUGGCUAAACUUUUCAACGGCUACAUUCCUAUCGUACUGGACUCACUCAAACAACACUACUUUAUCGACCGCGACGGUGGCAUGUUCCGACACAUCCUCAACUUCAUGCGCAACUCGAAGCUACUUGUGGCCGAAGACUUUCCCGAUCUCGAUCUCCUGCUGGAGGAAGCCAAAUAUUUCGAUAUUGUUCCUAUGAUCAAACAGAUCGAGCAGAUGAAAAAAGAUCGAACCCGUAGCGGGAACGGACUGCCCCCGUUCGGUAGCAGUCGCCAGCGAAGCAGAUCCGCAGUCCCGCAGGAUAGCAACCACGAUGUGGUAGCGCUGCACAUCUCGCCCGAUCUUGGCGAGCGGAUUCUGAUCUCUGCCGAGCGUGCGAUCCUGGACGAAGUUUUCCCCGAGACGAAUCAAGCCAUCCUAGACGCUCGAACCGGUGCCGCAUGGAAUCAGUUCGACGGAAGGCAGGUAAUCCGGUUCCCGCUCAACGGCUACUGCAAGCUAAACUCCAUCCAGGUGCUGACGCGACUGCUGAACGCCGGAUUCAGCGUGGAAGCCAGCACCGGCGGCGGAGUCGAGACACAGCAAUUCUCCGAGUAUCUACUAAUCCGUAAAAGUUCAAUGUGAUAAUCUGUACGCAACCGAGAGAGGGGUUUUGCGCUCAACAGACCUAUCGGGAAAGACUAUAUGUUUGAAUAAUGUUUUAGCUAACUUUAGAGCGAACAGCGCUUAUUUUUAUUUAUUCUACUCGUAACAGUCGGAGCGCGGAGAAUGUGACGGAAAUGAACUAUGUCCAUUUUAAUGUAGCAUCACAUAGAAGAGAAAACAAAACGCUAACGAGCAUAACAGUGAAACGAAUGUUUGCAUAAGGUACACCUACAACUAUACGUGAAUAAAACAAGAUAACAAAAAAUCUAAUUGAAAAUUAGUGUAAUUAGAAAAUUCAAAACAUGAAAAAUUAACUCUAAUCACAAUUUAUGUUACCUCCUUUAAGUAAGUGACAUUGGAACGAAUUAAUAAAAAUCUUCA